GUGACACAAGAACACUCAGUCUGUCUGAAGCUGACAAGGAGCCUAGAGAGAAACUCAGCAAGGUGGAGUCUGUCUGCACUUGUGAAAAUCAGCCAUCACCUACAGCAAUACUCAGACCUGGCAUUUAUAAGGUAGUUUUCAUCUGUAGAUCUCAACACAGUUUACAAAGGACAGGUAAGCAAGCUAAGGACAAGACGACAAAAUUUUCCCCAGAAAAAUCAUGCAAGGAAAGAAGAAAGAGAAAAUUAAAACAAAAGCCAGUUCACUUGCUGACAUUUCCAUUCUUGAAAAGUUUAUGAAAACCUAUGAAAGGCAUUGUGCCUUUUCCCAAAGCUCUGUCAGUGGCACGAUCAAACGGAGCUUGAGAAAAUGCAUAGAAAAUGAAACUAUUCUUACAAAGUUUGUGCUCACAAACUCUCAGAAUUCCCAGCCAGUCUUCCUCACACCUCUAUUAAGGACAAUUAGAGAUGAACGGUAUAUGUUAGGAAAGGAACUCUGUAUCUGGGGAAUUCAGCUAAAUGAUCAAGACAUUGUAAACCUUGCAAUGCUUUUAGAGCGGAAUGGACAUACCAACUAUCCCUUUUGUACUCUAGAAAUAACUCAUGUUCCGAUAGAUGCAUGGUCCAUGGAGCGACUUGGAGCAGCUUUCCCUUUCAGCAACUUGAACUCCAUUGUUCUAGAUUAUACCAAGUUUGGAGAUAAAGGAAUCACUGGACUUGUUUCUGGAUUAGAGGGAAACACAAAACUUCUAACCCUCAGCUUAUGCUACUGCAGUUUGGAACCUGAAAGUGGGUCCAAAUUAGGCCCCAUUGUAGCCCAAACUGCCAUUUGCAAUCUUUAUCUAAAUGGUAACAACUUGCAAUGUUUGGGUGCCCUUGAGCUCAUCACACCAAUAGCUAUGUAUGCAGACAAUCUUGGAAGAGAUAAGGAAACAAAUGCCUUCCUAUUCAACAAUUAUUCUGAUCAUCAAAUACCAGAAGCAGACAAAGGUCUGGGUAUCCACUCAACAGCUUCUGGCUUGAACGUUGCUUCCAAAACAGGAAACUCUAACACAGUGGAAAGUAGUAUGAGGAAGGAAAAGAAAAGAAAAGGAACUAAAAAAAAAGAAAAGAAAAGUGAAGUUGGCCCAUGGUUAGUUAAAUUGCAUUUGGCUGAUAAUGGCAUAGAUGGAAGAGGAAAGGGAGGAGAAAAGAUGGUCCUGGAGUUCACACAGUUUUUAACUUACCUAAUCAAACACUCUGAACACUUGAUAGAACUUGAUCUACAUGGCAACACUAUAGGAGAACUUUGUGCAACAGACAUCCUGGAAGCUCUUAAGGAGAGAAAAAAAGACAAGAUGCCAGGCUUAAAUAUUAAGGUUACACCACAGAUUUCCUCAAAUACUUUCAAGUCAAUUUUCAAGAACAGCAAGAAGCUCAAAUCAACUAAAAAGAGAAUGAAAAAGGGCCUACUUCAAACACUUCAGGCACAUAAGUAGUGCCACUGAAGUUAACAGGACUACUUGUGUGCUACUAUGUGUAUAUGCAUAACCAUUUUCAAGAUCGAGAUCUUAGCAUAACUUAUUUCAGAUACACCAAUUAUGUAUUCAUUUGGAGUAAGAUUGUGACAUCCUAUACCUUGAGAUGGGAGCGCAUCCUGGAACCCCCAUAUUCCCAUGAUCUUGCAUAUAAAGCAUGCCUUAUAAGGUAUCGGGGAAAGGUUAUGAUAUACUGAAAGUCAUUUCUCUAUCUAUAUAUGUAUAUCACUAAUGCAUCUGAAGUUAUGAGAAUUAUGUUGUAUGGU